AUGAACAGCAUCCUACUUGUCACCUUGUUGGUGUUCCUCAGAACACAAGGCUAUGAUCAUCAAUCUCAUGCCUUGGCCCUUAAAAUCAAACAUCAUCCCUUCCCCUUCCCCUUACCCAAUAUCCCCAACAAAGCUUCUGCUUCUGCUCCAGUGACAAGGGUAUUCUCUGGCCUCUUCUAUACCCACCUGUAUGUCGGAACUCAGCCUGUGAAAGUCAACCUGGCCGUUGACACCGGCAGCAGUCCUACAUGGGUCCAGUCUGCCCACUGUACGGAGUGCUUCCAAGUUUCAUUGCCCAAUUUCGACCCCAACAGUGACUUUUGCCUCGACACCUUCUACUUCACCACGACUCUGAACGACCAAGUUGGGCAGCAACUGCGGCAAACACAAAUCCAUAAUGUGGCAUUUGGCUGCGGUAUCAUCAACCGCAUCCCUGGUUUCGCCGGAGAUGCCCAUCAUGCUAAUCCAAUGUCUAAAACUCUGGGGUUGGGGAGGGAUGAUCCCUUCAACGUCCUACUCCAGCUGAGCGAUAUCACGUUGCUAAAAUUCUCCUACUGCAUGCCGAGACGUGUUGGAGAUGAGGCGUCUCUGUUUUUUGGCGAAGAGGCAGAGCUCAAAGUUCCAGGCGACUAUGGAGUUGCUAUAGAUUCGGGUUCGCAGUACUCUUUGUUGGUGGACAAAGUUUAUCAAGGCGUGCGCAAGGCCAUGGUCUCCUGCUUCGUGGAUGAGUGGCUGGUGCAGCCUCUCAACAAAACUAAGUCCGGAAUGGACCUCUGCUAUGACAUCACAGACAUAGCAGCAACAACAACAACAAUAAGAGGAGGAGGAGAAGGCCCAAGCAGCCAGCUAUUUUCGGUUGCGCCGCCAAUGGUGUUUGAGUUUGAUGGUGCCUGCCUUGAGCUAAAAGAAGAAACCACUUUUCAACUUUUUGAUGAAGUCAAGGAAUUUUGCUUGAUGAUGGGGGCAUCCAAAGACUUUCCAGGAAAUAUUUUCAGAGCAUUCCAGCAGUUCAAGCCCAGAUUUGUGUAUGAUGUUGUGGCAUCCAAGUUGUCAUUUGCUCCAGAAAGAUGUUGA